CGGUAAUACAUUCUGUCUUAGCUGCCACACUGGACAAUGGCUUCCCGAUGGCCAACUUGAGUUUAUUAAACCGAAAAUCGCAUGUAGCUUCAAGGGCGGAUACGGCGGUGAUACGUUGCUGAACAUCAUCUUCAGAUUUUGCAAUGUUUCGUUUGAUCAACAAAGCAGAAGUGUAAAACUUGCUUUGAGUCGGAAUGAAUGUGAGAGAAAGGACAACUGUGAGGGACAUCGUGAUGAAGAACUCAAGACCAUGUGCCACAAGUACUAUUUACCUUACACAAUCAAGAUUGAUAAUGGGUCGGAUUUGAUGGUCAAGAACAGUUUCUGUGCGCAGUGUCUCAGGAACAAUACGGGUGUGGUGAAUGUAAGUGCGAAUUGCCCCAGAAGGGAUGCAGAGGCUGUUGUACCGGGUGGGGAAUUUAAAGUUCCCGGAGAUUUGUCUGGGCUUUUUGUACUGCCUUCAACAGAAGAAUCAGUCUGCCCGAUUUAUGAAUACCUGGAUACCGAAGUUGGCAAGUGUAAGACAUGCCCAAAGAAUCAGCUGCUUAAGAACAAUAUUUGCGUCAGAGAUUAUAAUUUAUAUGUUGUCGUAGACGCGACGGUAUCGCUUGAAAAUGCAGCACGAGCAGUGUUCCUUGUCAAUAAAACUAUUUUGGAGUACCUUUCUAGUAACCAGAUUGAUUCGGUCAAGUCAGCGACAGUGAGCAAUGUUUAUCUGAAGAAAUGCAAGUCUGAACAAUCAGCUCCAGGACGAGCAGCAAAGACAAGAUGUGAAGUCAAAGUGCACGCCCACUUGGCAAUGCGCCGAAAUGUCCAGAUGUGGUCCAAUCCAAACAAGCUUGGAGAGUUCCUGAAGUAUUUUGUGCCAGGGACGAGCAAUAACUACGGGAGUAACAUUAAAAUCGAAGGAGCUAUCUUUUCUAACCAAGAUAACACGAGUUUUCAAUGUCAUAACACGACUUACCAGAAUGAAGACCUGUUUUUCGAGGUGAGCGAUCAGAGCGACAUGAUUACAGUUAACUCGACUGAUUAUACCAACCAGUUUCACCUUUCAAGCAGCGGGGCUCUAUUUAAAUAUCGGUAUUGGCAGAAUGAAACUCGGUACAUGAUUUUAUCAGUUUGCACCGAUGAACCACCUUCAGCUGCAACAGUAGCCCUGCGUGUCCUCAGUCAAGUCCUCUUGGCACUAUCACUCGCCGGAACAGCAUUCGUCCUGAUCACCCACGUCCGAUUCGCUGUCCUACAAAACCUGCCCGGGAAGAAUCUCAUGUGUCUUAGUUCCUGUAUGUUCAUUGCCAUACUUCUGUUCCUUCUGAAGUCUCUUACCUCUGAUACCCCCUUGCUCUGUUCCAUUAUCGGGAUAGUUUCGCACUUCUUUUGGCUGACUGUCUUCACUUGGAUGAAUGUCAUAGCGAUUGACACUUGGAAGACAUUCCGACCACAUUCCAUCAAAAUCGAUCAAGGAGCAACAAGGAAAGCGUUUGGCCUCCGAUGUCUUUACGCGUUCGGUACAGCGGCCUUAAUCGUCGUCAUCUCAGCAAUUUUGACCUACUUUGUCCCGGUUGUAGAAUUCAAAUAUGGUGGCAGAGAGUGUUGGAUCUUAAACACGGUGCAGCAAAUUGCAACAUUUGCUGCACCGGUUGGGUUCAUCUGCCUCCUGAAUCUCGUCCUCUUUAUUUGGACCGUGACAAGCAUCGUUAAGGUCAGAGCAAUGACGGAUAAAGUCAAGUCUUCAAAGAAAGAAACCAUGUUGUUUCUCCCAUACGUCAAGUUGUCCGUCAUCUUAGGGUUGUCCUGGCUGCUUGGGCUUGCCGUUAUGACUGGGGACAUCAUUGUGGUGAAAUAUAUUUUCACCAUUCUGAAUAGUUCGCAAGGCAUUCUCCUUUGCCUUGUCUUCGUCAGCAAUCCACGUGUUAUGCGAUUGUGGGGCUGCACCAAGUCAACUGGAUCGAGCUACGCGUCAUCUGCGUCUGUUUCAACCGUUCGUCUCGACGAAAAGAAGUAAGUGAAUUGCUUGAGAUCGAUGAAACUCAUUAUCUUACCUUGAACCAAGCCUUGUUCUGCGGCUUUGUCGAUCUCUGCAUGCUAGUUGUGCAUGUGUAAUUCAAUUGUAUCACUUGAGAGCAGAGAGUGACAUGAUUCGCAACGUGUGGAGGAUUUAUAAAUAAUAUAGUGUUAUCUAGACGGACAACACUGAUUUACAGAUUAAUCGGAUGUUAUCAAAGCAAAUUUGGCAAGUAGGCAUUGCUGCCAUCCGAUUGGAUGUUACGUCAUCAUAUAUAAGUGACGAAUCAACUACUUCUGUUGUGUGAGUGCCUUACAAUCAUGUUCAUGACGUCUACGAAAGACUGCUCGGGCGAUCUGAAGUUCGAAUCCAUUCAACUCACAAACCGACAGGAUGGCAUUCGAUUUCCCCGCCGGGUGAUUAAAGUUUGUCAACACCGUAUGAUGCGAUAUCGCCCGUAUGAUAUGAUAUUUAUUAUGUAUAGGGUGGCACCUCUAUUUAAUCAAGAUUUUUGGGCUCGCCCGAAAAUACGUAAUUGGGUCCAUUUCUAGAAGGGAAAGUAGGCCCUCUGCAUAGUAGACCUACCAACAAAAUGAAUCUUUUGGAAAAUAAAGAGUAAAUGAGAAAAUAUUCGGCGACAGGGAUGCCUCCGUUUAUUAUUAGCGGAUCCCAUGCCAUGUAAUCCGAAUUUCCUUUUACUUGAAUCAUCGGAGAAUUUCUGAUGAUUCGGGUUUUAUGGAUAUUAAUUUUGACUGUUAGUGGUUGGAGGGGGGGCACCCAGUAUAAUCAUCAGCUUAGUGCAAACCAUAGGUCAAAACCGAAGGUCAAAUUCAAGAGUGACCCUGUUCAAAUCGGUCGAAAACCAGUGGCGGGAUUCUUAAUAUAUAAUCUAGUAUUAUUAACCCUGCGUCCAAUUUCCCUCCAAAAUUUUCCAAUGCGGCAUGAGUGGUGCUGACAGUCGAUUUUUGUGAGGGAACGGGUUAACCUUGCAGACAAAAAAGACACAAAGUAUCAAAAAUUUAUACAGUGUAGAAAUUUAUCUGCAGCCGAUUGGUCGGAGUAAAUCCUGCGCUUUUUGAUUGGUGGAAAAUGGAAAUUCAUUGACAAAAUAGUUUACAUCGCGUAGCUUCAGAAUCAUUCAUGCUCAUGCUCAGGAACUAACAGAAAACGUAUCUCGGGAUUGACUUUGGAAGUGAAAGAAAACUAUUAAUCAAAAGAUG